AUGGCUUCCGCACCGGUGUGGUCGCUUUUAUGUCUCUGCUGCCUCCUGUUCCAGCCAGGCUCCUCGCUCGUCAGGAUCCCACUGAAGAAAUUCACUUCCAUACGUCGAGCGAUGUCCGAUACAGACAAGGAUUCACUGAAGCUGAGUGGAAAUGAAGCAGCCACCAAAUAUUCUGCCUUUCCCAAAAGCAACAAUCCCACCCCAGAGACCCUGCUGAAUUAUUUAGAUGCACAGUACUAUGGGGAGAUUAGCAUCGGAACUCCUCCUCAGCCAUUCACUGUGGUGUUUGACACGGGAUCCUCUAACCUCUGGGUGCCCUCGGUCCACUGCUCCUUCUGGGACAUUGCCUGCUGGUUGCACCACAAAUACGAUUCUUCCAAAUCCUCCACCUAUGUGAAUAACGGCACAGCGUUCGCCAUCCAAUAUGGCAGUGGGAGCCUGACUGGUUACCUGAGCAAGGACACUGUAACGAUCGGAGAUUUGGCAGUAAAAGGGCAGCUUUUUGCGGAAGCCGUCAAACAGCCUGGUAUUACAUUUGUAGCAGCCAAAUUUGAUGGUAUCUUAGGCAUGGGCUACCCCAGAAUCUCUGUGGAUGGAGUCCCUCCUGUGUUUGACGAUAUAAUGGAGCAAAAGCUAGUGGACAGCAACCUCUUCUCUUUCUAUCUGAAUCGGAAUCCAGACACCCAGCCUGGGGGGGAGCUGCUACUGGGAGGCACAGACCCCACAUAUUACACUGGAGACUUCAGCUACAUGAAUGUGACUCGUAAGGCAUACUGGCAGAUUCGUAUGGACCAGCUGAGUGUCGGGGAUCAGCUCACCCUCUGUAAGGGCGGCUGCGAAGCUAUCGUGGAUACAGGAACCUCGUUAAUCACCGGGCCGGUAGAAGAAGUGGCGGCUUUGCAGAGAGCUAUCGGUGCUAUCCCACUGAUCCGCGGAGAGUAUAUGAUCCUCUGUGAUAAUAUCCCAUCGCUUCCUGUCAUCAGCUUCACAUUUGGAGGUCGGGUAUACUCUCUGACAGGGGAACAGUAUGUCCUAAAAAUAUCAAAGGCUGGUCGCACCGUCUGCCUCAGUGGCUUCUUGGGCCUUGACAUUCCUCCUCCAGCCGGGCCCCUCUGGAUUAUUGGAGAUGUUUUUAUUGGCCAAUAUUACACUGUUUUUGACCGUGCUAACGACCGCGUGGGUUUUGCUAAAGCAAAGUAAUCUCCCUCUUCUCCCUUUAAAGGUCUAUUUCUCCAUUAAACGACUAACCCCACAAAAUCAACCUGCCCUAAAAUGCAUUGAAGCAUAAUGUUCCCUUAGUCUGCACUGCUGACAAUUGUGAAUCAUGUAUAGAAUGUUUAUUUAUCGGUGCCUAGAUUUCUCUUUUAUAGGGCUCUUAGACCCACAACUUUAAUAAAAUGACACCGCACUUAAAAGGCAUUAGAUAAAGGAUGUCUGCAGACUUUUUUUUUUUUUUUAGACUAAUCUUAAUUGGUGGAUAAAUUAACUUAAAUUUGAUGUUUCGGUAGUACUGGUCCUUUAACUCCCCUUUGUAAAGGGGAACUAUUGCAAAAAUAAAUGUAAUACGCUUCCUCAAACUGAAGUAAGAAACUUUCUAAAUACAAUCUAUUAAAAAAUCUGUAUCGUUUCUGAAAUAAUAAAGUUUAUCUUCACUA